CGACCACCUCUGCUCUCCCUGCCUUGACUCUCCUACCCACCAACCUCUCCCGCCCCUCUCCUCCUCUUCCUCCUUCCCCCGCCCCCCUGGCCCACCGCCUUCUCCCACGGCUCCCUCCUCGACCUCCAAGAUAGAUUCCCUCAGGAGCAAGGUUGACCUGCUCAAGCUGCCGCUGGCCCUCUCAACCAAGUCUAUCUCAGAGCGCAAGAGCCAGCUGGGCGGCGUCGGCAAGCCGUGCAGCACGGGCGGAGGAGGAGGAGGAAGCGGGGCUCGCAAAGCCCGCUCGCCGCCCACCAGAGACAUGGACAACGAGUCGCAGUAUUCGGGAUACUCGUACAAGUCUUCCCACUCCCGGAGCUCCCGCAAGCACAGGGAUCGGCGGGACCGCCAUCGCUCCAAAAGCAGAGAUGGCAGCAGCCGCGGAGACAAGUCGGUGACAAUUCAGACGCCCGGAGAGCCGCUGCUGGAUGCAGAAUCCACUCGCGGAGAUGACCGGGAUGACAACUGGGGCGAGACCACAACUGUGGUCACGGGGACGUCGGAGCACAGCAUCUCCAACGAGGACCUGACGCGAGUCACCAAGGACCUGGAAGAGUCGACGCCUCUGGAGUGCAAGCGCUUCCUGGGCCCAGCACUGGGCGGCUGCCUGAGCUUUUUCGCGCUGGUGACGCCGCUGGCUUUCCUGGUGCUGCCGCAAGCGCUGUGGCGCGAUGCCCUGGAGCCUUGCGGCACGCCCUGUGAGGGCCUCUAUGUCUCGCUAGCCUUCAAGCUGCUAGUGCUGCUCAUCUCUUCGUGGGCCCUGUUCCUCCGGCCGCCGCGCGCCACCCUGCCGCGCUUCUUCGUCUUCCGCUGCCUGCUCAUGGUGCUGGUCUUCCUCUUCGUGGCGUCCUACUGGCUCUUCUAUGGUGUGCGUGUGCUGGAGCCCCGUGAGCGUGACUACCGUGGCAUCGUGGAGUAUGCGGCCUCGCUGGUGGACGCGCUGCUCUUCAUCCAGUACCUGGCGUUGGUCCUGCUGGAGGUGCGCCACCUGCAGCCCGCCUUCUGCCUCAAGGUGGUGCGCAGCACAGACGGGGCUAGUCGGUUCUAUAACGUGGGCCACCUCAGUAUCCAACGGGCAGCCGUGUGGGUGUUGGACCAUUACUACAACGACUUUCCCGUCUACAAUCCCGCCCUGGUCAACCUGCCCAAGUCCAUUCUGUCCAAGAAGAUGACAGGCUUCAAAGUCUACUCGUUGGAUGAAAAUCCCGCCAACAAUUCGACAGGCCAGUCGCGCGCCAUGAUCGCCGCAGCCGCCAGGAGGCGAGACAACUCCCACAACGAGUUCUACUACGAGGAGGCGGAGAUGGACCGUAGGAUCCGCAAGCGCAAGGCCAGGCUGGUGGUAGCGGUAGAGGAGGCAUUUACGCACAUCAAGCGCCUCCACGAGGAGGAGGCGGCGUCGACCUCGUCCCCCAAGCACCCUCGGGAGGUGAUGGACCCCCGUGAGGCGGCGCAGGCCAUCUUCGCCCCCAUGGCGCGGGCUAUGCAGAAGUACCUGAGGACCACGCGACAGCAGGCCUUCCACAGCAUGGAGAGCAUCCUCACGCACCUGCAGUUCUGCAUCACGCACAACAUGACGCCCAAGGCCUUCCUGGAGCGUUACCUGAGCCCAGGGCCCACCAUGCAGUACCAGCAGCACAACGACAGGGGGCGCCAGUGGACGCUGGUGAGCGAGGAGCCAGUAACGUCGGCGCUGCGCCAAGGCCUGGUCUUCUCCGUGCGCCGCCUCGACUUCUCCCUGGUGGUCACUGUCACGCCGCUGCCCUUCCUGCGCCUCGGCGAGGAGUUCGUGGACCCCAAGAGCCACAAGUUCGUCAUGCGGCUCCAGUCCGAGACGUCCGUUUGAAGGCCCGCGCUCUCCCCGAGAAUGGGGGGAGAAAAAAAAAAACCUUCAAUCAGCUCCUGAUGCCUUGGACUCGUCUUUUCCGUGUUGGUGAUGAAACAUGCUGGGAAAAAAAGGCAUAUUUUUUUCUUUUUUUUAACAAAGGCGCCUUUUUUUGUUGUAACCACUUGAACUACGUGACCACCACCACGACUGCGAUGCCACAACUUCUCGUCUCAAAAACUGUGACCGCAACACACCACCACUGCCUCCCCGCAGCUGGUUCCUGACCAAUUUACACAUUUUUUAUUGUUUUUAUAGUCUCGUACAAAGCAGGAUUGAAAGCCGCACUGACAAAAAAGAGCAACAACAAAAAAACACAUUAGCCUAAUAGCAUACUUGCCUAAGUCAUUUUUUAAGGUUUUCGGAAAACAACAACAACAAACAAGACCAACAAAUUUAACAUGCAAGAAGAGUCCAGUUGCCUCGAUUCAACCUUUUUCGGAUUACCGUGACCUGGAUGACCGAGAAUCUACACAAAGAAAGAAAUCUACACAAACUUUUUUCCGGUAUUGAUUUUGUGACAGUAAGUUAAAAAUAACUUGUGCAAUUAUGCUGUUAGGCUAAUGAAAUAGCUUCAUAUAUAUAUAUAUAUAUUUUUUUUUUAAAGACAAAAAAUUUUAAGCGUACUAGAAUGAAGUUGCAUUUUUCGGGAGUAAAGUCAUAUUUUUGCAGAUGAACAGUUCAAAUUUUUUUUUCAAGAGCAAAGUGGUAAUAUUGUGAGAUCGAAGUUGUAUAAGCAACAAUGUAGGCAUACUAAAUUUUUGAACGGACAUGAUUUUACCAUAUUAAGAUUGACUUACCUUAUUCUUGAAAAAAAAAAAAGUGAUUUAUUUUCAUGUAUUUGUUUUAUCACAACAGUGACUUUGUUUUCUUAAAAAAAAAAAAAACUAUUGAUAAACUUGAUUACUAUACUCAAGAUUGGGGUUAAAACCGUUGCCGCUGACAAAUUCCUCCGUCGAUUAACGCCCUGCUGAAUUUCAACGGAAAACAAAGGGAAACCCGAAUCCGCGAUGGAGGUUUUUGAUUGAUAGCUGGAGGUGGGAUUUUCAGAGUACUCAGUGGAGUUGGGAUUUUCAGAGUACUCAGUGACAAGCCCACAGCGUCAGGAAGCUCAAAGAAUGUCUCGAUUCCUGACCAUUUUGAAGCCUGAUUUCACAUACUUUUUUUGUUUUUUUGUUACUGCUAUUUUUUUUUGUCCAGUCAUUCAUUGUCUGGCUUGUUAACUUGAAUUUAAAAUAAAUUUUUUGAGCCUGUUUAGUGGCACUUUAAGCUUCUGACUUUUUUUUUUUUUUUUUUUUUUUUGAAAGAUGUUUUCUUCCAAAAAAACAAAACAAUUUUUUUCUUGAAUAUAGCUUCAUCCUCAUGGGAUGGCAACUUUUUGAGGGUGCGGGGGACGAGAGUACAUUAUUGGAAAAGUCAGACAUUUUGAAAAAUGUGACAUAAUCCUUGAAAAAUGUGACUUCAUUCUUGAAAAAUAUGAUUUUAUUCUUGAAACUUACUCUUGAUUUUUAUUCCAACCCCCCCCCCCCCCCCCCCCCCCCCUUCAGUGCAGCCUUGAUCCUCAUUGGUACUCACAACAGAAUGUAGCAUCUUGUGGUCAAAUAACACUUUUCUGAUAUAUGAGAACACUUCUCUCUUUGUAUGUUCAUGUUUUUGGUUCACAUCGACAUUUCACUUUACACAAAAAUGACACCUUAACACAAAAAAAAAAUACUUAAAAAAAAAAAAAAAAGCAACAUUUUGCUUCCAGUCCAUAUAGCUUUAACUACAGAUGACAGCAUAA